AUGUUGUGCAAUUGUUUGUUUCGGGCCCUCAGUGACCAGCUUGAGGGGCACUUGCAGAACUACCUCAGACAUCACCAGGAAAUGGUGGAUUACAUGAUAAAGGAGUGGGAGGAUUUUGAGCCUUUUGUGGAGGAUGAUGUGCCCUUUGAGAAACACGUUACCAAUUUGGCAAAGCCUGGUACCUUUACUGGCAACGAUGCUAUUGUGGCCUUUGCAAGGAACAAUCAAAUGAAUGUGGUUAUUCAUCAGCUUAAUGCCCCACUGUGGCAGAUUCAGGGCACGGACAAAAACAAUGUGAGGGAACUGCAAGCUGCAUAUCGUUAUGGAGAGCACUACGACAGUGUGAGGAGAAUCAAUGACAAUUCUGAGGCUCCAGCGUAUCUUCAGAUGGAGAUGCUUUGCAAAAAUUAUUUGAAUAAGGAGAAGGAAGUGAAGCCACAGAAGGGUGAGUCUGAAGAUGAGAUUGAAGUUGAAAUGGAAGAUGCUAUCCAAAAAGUGUGUAAUGCGACUGGAUGUUCGGACAUCGAUUUACUAAGCCAGAUUCUGGAAGUGGAAGACUACAAUAUAGAAUCUGCAAUAUUUGCCAUCUUUCAAGUGAAAGAAGUGGAAAGAAUCAGUGCUGAGGAGCAGCGUGAUCUCCAGAGCAAGGAUCAGAAAUUGUGUAGCGGAUCUCUGCAGGAAGAAAACGAAACUGGUUCAAGAAUCUUUGGAAAUGGGAGCUUGCAGCAGGGUGAAAUAGAAAACAACAAAGGGCAGGCUAGAUCCGAUGAAGAGAAUCGAGCUAGCAGAAACACAAAGGCAUCUAAAAAACAUUAGAAGGAACAGCAGUGGCUAGAGAAGAAGAAGCGGCAGGAAGAAAGACACCGACAAAAGGUCUUGGCCAACAAGAGUAACUGUGCAGAUAACAGCAGGAGAGAGACGGACUCAACCAACCACAUCACCUUGGUGAAGGCCAUGGCAGUUCUAAACAUAUGA